AGAGCAUAUGGACAGCGAGAAGUUUAAAGAAUGGAAGCUCGACGUGCCUGUCCUCAAUGUUCUCGGAACUGCUGUUGAAAGGCAAGGCGCGGGAGAACGUAAGAUGUAUCUUAAUUUUGUGCCGUAUUUUGCAUGGGCCAAUCGGGGGAAAGGUAAUACGAGGGUCUGGUUCCCUGUGGAGUAGGUCUGCGUAUGGUCAUUGCAUCCUGCGAGG